UCAGGAAACCCCGAAGCUUCUCCUUUGUGUCGCUGCAGAGCCCCCGCUAAGUGCCAGUGCCACAGUAGCCUUUGUUCCAGUGGCAAUCAGUCCACAGUAGUCCACAACUUAACUGCUUUUUCUGACAGUCAGACAAAUCUGAGUGGCAAAGCACUGUAUAUAAACUUGAUGGAUCCGUAUGGUGCCAUGAUACACUGAACAUUAUUCUGAACAUGAGCAGGCUCACCCCACCACUGUCGCUUCUUAGUAAUUUAAGCGCUCUGUCGGCAUCAACCACAACAGAGGAAGAGAACACUGCAUUUGUCACCGAGCAGUUUCUCCCCCGCAAGCAAGAUGCCGUCUUUGGCGAUCCGUUUGUGUUCCAAACGUCAGCAACCAAUCAACAUAUUCGCGCGAGGCUUAUCAUGCUCUCACCGUUCCCAUCUGAUACUGCGCCGUUGGCCAAAUCGGUAGCAUAUCUUUCUAGUCGCUUUGGAUCCAUCAAGGCCGAAGUUUUUCGUACACCUGGUGGAGAGAAUCACUUCUUUCGCCUCCAUAUUUUCGCAUGCUCAGCCGGUGUGAAAAUCACGUUACCCCCCCUCUUUCCGGGGCAUCGUGUCCAUCAACGACUACGAGGGUCUACGUCGUCGGAGGCAGAUUCGUUGUGGUCGUGCCUUCAACGAGCGAAUGCGCCGGGGUUUUAUCAGGCUUGAAUCCUGUGCGCUCGAAAAUGAGGACGAAGUUUUCAUCCACGCGGAGGGAAAGAUCGAGCUAAUGCUGAGAACGGAACCGGGUGAU